AUGAGUCUUGACCCGAAGAAGCGGUCACUCAUCGGAGCCCGCGCUGCUCUCCUCCGUCUCGUCAGCUUCACCACGUCAGAGGAGGAUAUGGAUGAUUUCUGCUCCACUGAGAAGACUGUGGUGGCCAGUGCCAACCGCGAGCCUCUCCGCACCCCAUCUAUCCAGAGCCCAAUGGUUGACAACGGCGCCUUCCCCUGGACCAAGGCCCUGCACACCACUCCCCCCAAACCUAUCCGCCAGCUCAGCGUCAUCCCCGACGACGAGAGCUACUCGGAAGACCUCUUCUCCAAGUCUGGUGGAACAGCCGGGUGGUUCUCCGGGUCCAUCGAGGCACCGUCCUUCUCUUCGACCUUCAACUCGACUUUGACCAUGGGUACGUCGAUGAAGUCCAUGGCCAUUCAACGUCCGGUUCCCGCCGUGUCUCGACCACCUCCUCGCACCUCUGCCAUCAGUGGCUCUCUCCCCGUCACCAUGUCCAAGCCUCGCAAUGUUCACUCGUCCGGAUCCCUUGGGUUCGGUCGUCUCAGUGAUGUCGUAUCCAAGAGCUGGAGCGACAUGUGGGACGAGGACAUUGAAGAAGAGGAAGAAGAGGCUCGCCAGCAACUCGAGUCAUUGCGUGCCAUGAACUCCAGGACCUGGAGCCAAGAGAGCAAGUCGGCAGAGGCGGACCAGGCCACUGUCGUCGCCGACAACGCGUCUGUCGUGCACAACGACGUCGAUGACGACCUGGUCGCAGACGGCUUCUUCUUCCAGGAGGCUCCUGCUCCCAAGCCGUCCACGGUGGACCUUUCGACCCGUUACUCCCCCCCUCCCAAGCGCAGCAACGUUGACAAGUGGGCUGUCCUCGGCCAGCGACGUCGAGCCUUAGCCGGACAGUCAGAACCAAACAAAACGCCUGACUGGCUCAAGCCUCGUCGGCCAUCGGUCACGGCGCAUCAGCCAACACCCGUCACGGGGUUCUGGGAGCAGUAUGGAUUACACAUUCAGACUCCAAACAAGACUGUGAAGGAACGAAACAAGGAUUGCCCAUGGAACAAGGGCAGAGAUUGGAAUUACUGGCGCCGAGACAAACGUUCAGAACUCGGUGACGUCGAGUGGGUUGGCGGCUGGCAGGAGGCUCACUCCUAG